AUGGGUGUCAGGGGCUUGGAAUCAUUCAUAAGGGAGAAUAGAACCUCCCUGACCAAGACUAUAUCGCUACCUACCAUUGAAUACACACCAUCAUCAUCGUUGAAGGAUAGCAAGAAUGAUGAUGGGAGGAUACCGAUCAUCGUGGAUGCUUGGGGGGUUAUCUUCAAGCUGUAUCUCGAUACGUUACCGUGGACAUCAGGCGGCGAAUACCUAAGGUAUUACAAGCUGAUCAAGAGGUUGGUGAACGCAUGGAGGAGUGUUGGGUUGGAACCGACAUUUGUCUUUGAUGGCGCCGGUCCUCCGGAGAAACAUCAAACUAUCCUCUCCCGAGCAUCUGAGAAACUCCUAUCUUGUCAAUUAUUCUAUACCACCUCCAUACCUUCUCGAUCUUCCCCCUCAUUUUCAAAAAACAAAGUUGUCCUCCCUUUCUUCGCUUCGCAUACCUUCAUCUAUGCCCUUCAUCGACUCGGCGUAAAAACGCACUUCGUACCUGCCGGCGAAGCAGACGGGGUCUGCGUAUCGAUGGCAGAGAAAGUAGGAGGAUACGUCUUUGGACGAGAUUCAGACUUUGUUAUUCUCAUGGGGAGAACCGAGAGAGUUAGGGGAUACGUCCCGAUAGAUAUGUUAAAUUGGAUUGAAGGUCCGUCAAACGACAAUACUUAUCAACCGCCAGGCGCACGGGGGGAAGGUUCAGAACAAGAUUCGUUUCGACCUGUUCACAAUGGUCGAAGACACUUGAAUGGUCCAGCAUCGAAUUUUAUGAAUAAACAAUCAUCUUUGAUCCCAUCUUCAACAUUGAAAAAUCCAACUUUGGUCAUUACUUAUAUACCUCCUCAAGCAUUACGACAUCGACUGAGAAUCCCUUCUACGCACUUACCGCUAUUCGCUUCCCUAUGCGGAACAGAUUAUAUACCGCCAUCAAUUACAGUCCAAUUUUAUGAAAAUCACUUGACGAGUUUCCAAAAGAUCGAAAAAGCCGCUAGAAUAUUGAGGGAACAAUUGUAUUCUCCUAGUAAUAAUCUUCCUUCGAACGGGAAGAAGAAGAGUGAUAAUCCAGGAGAUCAAGUUGUCGAAUUGGUUAGAAGGGUGAUAAAAAAAUUAUGUGUCUAUCCAUUUGACACCCAACAGAGUUUAGAUGAAACUGUUGAUUUGAUUAUCGAAGCUGCCCUGCAGUACUCUUUACCUUCGAAUGUGGAUGAUUGCUGUGGGACUUAUCCUUUCUGUGGGGAGCUGGAUUUAACCUUGGGAUGUCAGACUCCCGUCUCCCUUGGUCUUGGACUAGAGGACGAAUCGGACUCGCUGAAGAAGGAGGAAAGAGAGGUAUCGGGGAAAGAGGAGUAUUCGAAAGCUCAGAAAAUGGGAUUAGUAGGAACUAUCACACAUGGUUGGUUAUACCCUGAUAGGAUGUAUCAAUGGCAGGUACUUGAAGAUCUUUCGGGACCCUGUUUGAAAGCUUCGGAUGGUGCAAAAGGAAUUAGGAAGAAGGCUUGGAUGAUUGCUGAUGAGGGAUUGGGAGGAUUGAGGUUUCCCAGAAGUGAAGUUGUGGAUGAUAAGAUGGACUUGGAUAGCGAUGGAUCACAAGCUCAAGAUGAAAAGGAGCUUCGAGAUUUAUUGGGAGUACCUUCAAGCGAGACUUGUUCGGAGAUUGAGGGUGUAGCGAGUGAAGAUACGACUCUGGUUGAGCAAGUUGCUCCGACCCUUACUAGACCAAUUAGAGAAGUGACGGAAUACAUCAGACAAGGAUCAACGGCUAAGAUCAUCGCUUCUCCACUUACUCUCCCUCCCAUCCAACCGCUACUUACUGGCGAAUUACCAAUCUGCUUGAAACCUAAAGAAGAAAGACUGAAGAUCUACCUCGAAUCGCUACAUUCUAAUACCGAAGGUAUACGAUCUCUCCCUGUCUCCCUCCAACCAAUAGUAUCCCUCAUACGGUUCUGCGUGAUUGACGCAUCGAGGAGAUCGACGGGUAAGACAGACUUCAAUAAGUGGAGGAGGGAGGAGGUAGUGGCUGUCCUACGAGCGAUGAUAGGUACUUUUACAAUGUGGAAGAGGGAAUUGCAUUCUGAAGAAUCACCCAAAGAUAAAGCCAAAAGUUCAAACAAACAUGAAGAGGAAGGAGGAAGAUUAUACCCUUUAUUGGAAACUAGAAGUGCGAAUUUGAUAGCUCAACUAGGAAGUGUUUGGUCAGAUGUGCAGCUUUUAGCUCAAGCUUUAUUACUUUUACCUGAAUCUAUCAACCCAAAUAGAAAUAGGUCACACCCGGCUUCUCCUGAAGACAAUGGGUCGGAGAUCGGUACAACCCAUUUGAUACCUUUUAUUUUCUUCAGUGGAGUCACCUUACAUAGCUUGCUAGCGAAGAUUGAACCUACUCAAAAUGGUUGGAAAUGGACUGAAGAGGAAGAAAGGGUAUUUGAGAGUUGUUGGAAUGCUCUGAUAGAUGGGUUAGAGGAGUAUGGGGAAUGUAUAGUAGGAUUAAACAAUCCUCAUCAUAAGAAAGUAUCAGCUGAGGUGGAACCCCAGAGUAUGAAUGGAAAUUUUAGACAAGAAGAAUUAGAAGGGGAUGGUCGGGCGAAGAAGCACAAGAGAAAGAAGAGUUCCAGAUCGCCUUUGGGUGCCAAUGCCAAUGUGGGUAGAUUUGGCGUUUUGGAAGGGAUGUUGGAAUAA